AGUUAACUCAGUUUAUACCGAGUCGGCAAGGCGGUCGUACCCGUAUAGCGUAUAUUAGCUGCAUAGAACAAAAUCGCUGGCCGAUAGGAACGCACUUCACGGCUGUCGCGAAUUAAGUGCAAUUAAUUGUAAGAAUUCAUAGUUUGGAAAUCGGAAAAAUGAAACAAAUAGCUGGCCACACCAGUGUUCUGGCCCUACUGCUUCUCUGUUUUCUAAGCUGCGUAUCGGCCUAUAACUAUUUGGUGGUUCUACAUACCGCGGCCCGAUCCCAUUACCAUGUUGGAUCUGCCCUGGCCCAGGGAUUAGCCAGCGCUGGACAUCAGGUGACCAUUGUCUCCCCAUUCGAGUUGAAAAAACCCAUCAAAAACAUCAAAGAUGUGACGGUCAAAAGCACUCUGGCAUCCAUGCAAGGGAGAAUGGCCAACUUAUUGGAAUCAUCAAAAAAGCCUAUUAUCGAACAGAUCGUUAACUUCCAUGAAAUGGGUAUAGAAAUAACCGAGCUUCUGCUAAGUGAAUCCUCCGUAAUUGAGCUGAUGAAUUCGAAUCAGACCUUUGACGCCGUAAUAUCGGAGGUUUUCCUAAACGAGGCCCACUUCGGUCUGGCAGAGCAUUUUAAGGCCCCACUUAUUGGACUGGGCACUUUUGGCGCCAUUAGCUGGAACACAGACCUGGUUGGAUCUCCAUCUCCGCCCUCGUAUGUUCCAAGUGCUCUGCUCAAGUUUAGUGACCACAUGUCCCUCGCAGAGCGUGUGGGCAACCUGGCCUUCCUCACCUACGAGUAUGUGUUCCUCAACUACUUUUAUCUGCCGCGUCAGGAAGCCCUCUAUCGCAAGUACUUCCCCAACAACAAGCAGGACUUCUACGAGAUGCGCAAGAACACGGCUUUGGUGCUGCUGAAUCAGCAUGUCUCCCUCAGUUUUCCCCGGCCCUAUUCGCCCAACAUGAUCGAGGUGGGCGGUAUGCACAUCAAUCGAAAGCGCCAGCCGCUGCCCAAGGACAUUCAAUCGUUCAUCGAGGAAGCACAGCAUGGAGUUAUCUACUUCUCGAUGGGUUCCAACCUGAAAAGCAAAACCCUGCCCCUGGAGAAACGACAGGCUCUGAUCGACACCUUUGCGCAGCUGAAACAGCGUGUCCUUUGGAAGUUUGAGGACACAGAUCUGCCCGGAAAACCGGCGAAUGUCUUCAUCUCGGACUGGUUCCCCCAGGACGACAUUCUGGCCCAUGAAAAUGUGAUUGCCUUCAUCACACACGGUGGUCUGCUGAGCACCACGGAGUCCAUUUACCACCGAAAACCCUUUGUUGGCAUCCCGAUCUUUGGCGAUCAGUUCCUGAACAUGGCUCGUGCCGAGCAGAAUGGUUAUGGAGUGACUGUACAUUACGAAGAUUUGAGUGCCCCCAAACUUUUGGCGGCCAUUCGGCGCCUAAUCGAAGAUCCUGAGGCUAGCAAAAAGGUGCGCGACAUGUCCGACAGAUACCGGGAUCAGCAGCAGACUCCCUUGGAGCGAGCUGUUUUCUGGGUGGAGCACGUGUCCCGGCACAAGGGUGCCAAAUACCUAAGGAGCGCCUCCCAGGAUCUGAACUUCAUUCAGUAUCACAACCUGGAUGCCAUGCUGAUCCUUUAUGGCGGAAUUAUAUUUGUGCUCUACUGCAUUUUCCUGCUGAUCCGUUGGGUGUGGCGCCUAUUGCAGGAGUUGUUCAUAAAGAAGGAAAGUUCCAAGCCGAAACAAAAAGCCAAACGGAAUUAAUAAAAAGUGAUAAUUAAGUUUAGUAUCCUCGACCAGUUUAUUGUGCUUAAUAAUAGACUGGGCUGUUGCUGUUUCAGUGGUGCAAUUCUGUAGAAAAAUAAAAUUAAUAUUAUUUCACAAAAUGAGA